CUCUUUCCCGACCCUUUUCAUACUUUUAUUCUUCUUCCUUUAACUGCCCAGUUUCCUCUUCAAAUCUCUCUCUGUAUAUACGCACGCGUUCGCCGGAUUGCUCCGUCAUCCUUCCCUCGAGAAAAUUUCUGGGUUUUUCUUGAACUUUGCAAAGGGUUUCGUUUUGCUUUUGCGAUCUUGAACCGUGAUUAUCACGAGUUAACGCGCGCGCGCGUAGAUAGGCGCCUUGACAUGGCGGUGGUAGAAGAAGGCGUAGUUGUGAGCCAUGGAGGUCAAGAACUCGUGGAUUUGCCUCCAGGGUUUCGGUUUCACCCAACAGAUGAAGAGAUCAUAACUUACUACCUGAAAGAGAGGGUCUUCAACAGCAGGUUCACCGCAGUGGCUAUUGGAGAAGCCGAUCUCAACAAGUGUGAGCCGUGGGAUUUGCCGAAGAGAGCAAAGAUGGGGGAGAAGGAAUUCUACUUCUUCUGCCAAAGAGACCGGAAGUACCCAACGGGGAUGAGGACGAACCGUGCGACGGAGUCCGGGUAUUGGAAGGCGACGGGGAAGGACAAGGAGAUUCACAAAGGCAAAGGUUGUCUUGUCGGGAUGAAGAAAACCCUUGUGUUCUACAGAGGAAGAGCUCCAAGAGGGGAAAAGACCAAUUGGGUGAUGCAUGAAUUCAGGCUUGAAGGCAAAUACUCUUACCACAACCUCCCCAAAUCCGCAAGGGACGAAUGGGUUGUAUGUAGAGUCUUCCACAAGAACACCACAACCCCACUCAUGAUCAAGAAACCCUUCGAAAAUCUCGCAAGAAUGGAUUCUCUCGAGAACAUGGAUCAUCUCUUGGACUUCUCCUCUCUUCCUCCUCUCAUGGAUACGAGUUUCCCGGGUCAACCCGGCCCGAGUUUCUCCGGCGAAUUCAAACCCAUCAACCACACACCGAUCUACAACAACCCCACCUACUACUUCCCCCACCAGCCAACCCUAAACCCGGAUUCUGGUCCCGGGUCGGGUUGGGUUUAUGGUUCUGCAUACAACGCGUCAAACAACAACAACAACAAAGGCAUGAUCAAGUUGGAGCAUUCUCUGGUCAGUGUGUCGACUCAAGAGACCGGUUUGAGCUCCGACAUGAACGCGACCGCAACGCCGGAGAUCUCGUCGUGUCCGGCGGCGAUGAUGAUCAACGGCAGCAAGUCGUACGACGAACUUGGAGACUUGGGAAUCUUAUGGGACUACUAACUAAUUAAUUUGGGAAUUAAUUACUAUGUAAUUGUGACGAAGAGUACUAUUGGGUGUUAUAUUAAUCAUGUAUUUAAUCGUAUAUAUACGUAUACAUAGGAUAAUUAUAUAGGUGUUCCCUAGUUAUUCCAACUGCAUUGAAUGUAUUUAGGCCAUUGUUUAAUUAGUUUUUAGUUUGAAGGAAAAGGAAAACAAGUUGUAAAGGUUUGUGAUUAAUAAUGCUAUUUAUCGUUGUGUAUAUAUGAGC